AUGGCGAUGCAAGGACAGCCGGUGCAGCUUCAGCCAUGGCCGAUCAGAGAUAUCAUCUAUGUCUCAAUUCUAGGGCCCUUGCUGAUUGCCGCCCUUCUGGAAUGGAUACUAUUCCUUGCCGCCUUCAUAUACUGUCUUGUCAAAGUCUACCGGAAAGCAGACCAUUGGAGCAUCAGAACCCUGGCAGUAGUUAUGAUUAUACUUUUCUCAUUGCUCAGGGGAAUAUUCUUUCCAGUCAUGAUCGCUAUCCUUCCCUUGCCAGCGCAGAUAACUCGAUACUUUCCGAUAAAGCUGACCUCAAUCCUUCAAUGGUUUGCGUUCUGGACAUUCUCUGUUCUACUCGUGAUACCCUGGCUGUUUUGCGUGAACCGGCUCAUUAUCAAUUCUGUUGGGAGGACAAAGCGGGUCAAGCAAGCCUUGGAUGACCGCACUGCGCCGAAGACGGUCAUAGUCAUGCCCGUAUUCAAAGAGGAACCAUGUGUACUGAUCAAAGCGAUAGACUCAGUGGUUUGCAGUGAUUACCCAGCAUACUGUAUCCAUGUGUUUCUAUCAUACGACGGAGGCAGCAUUGAUGAGCCUUACCUCCAGGUUAUCCAUCAUCUUGGUAUUCCAAUCUCACUGGAGUCCUACCCACAGAGCAUUGAUGUGACAUACAAAGGCGCAAGGAUAACAGUCUCACGCUUCAAGCACGGCGGGAAACGGCAUUGCCAGAAACAAACCUUCAAAUUGAUCGACAAAGUAUACGCUGAGUACCUCAAGCGUCAGGAUGACCUCUUCCUUUUGUUCAUCGAUUCCGACUGCAUCCUUGACAAGCUGUGCUUGCAGAACUUUAUGUAUGACAUGGAAUUGAAACCGGGAAGCAAGCAUAACAUGCUAGCAAUGACCGGCAUCAUCACGUCGACAACAGCGAAGAACUCCCUGAUCACCGUCUUGCAGGAUAUGGAGUAUGUGCACGGGCAACUUUUCGAGCGUUCAGUCGAAUCUGGCUGUGGUGCUGUAACCUGCCUCCCAGGAGCUUUAACGAUGCUGCGAUUCUCAGCCUUCCGCAAGAUGGCGAAGUACUACUUCGCGGACAAAGCAGAGCAGUGCGAGGACCUUUUCGACUACGGAAAGUGCCACCUUGGUGAAGAUCGAUGGCUGACGCAUCUCUUCAUGAUUGGCGCAGCUGAGCGCUAUCAGAUUCAAAUGUGCACUGGUGCAUUCUGCAAAACGGAAGCCGUCCAGACUUUCAGUAGUCUCUUAAAGCAACGGCGUCGCUGGUUUCUCGGCUUCAUCACCAAUGAAGUGUGUAUGCUAACCGAUGCCAGACUCUGGAGGCGAUAUCCUCUUCUGUGCUUGGUGCGCUUCAUGCAGAACACAAUUCGGACCACCGCUUUGCUGUUUUUAAUCCUGGUUGUGUCGCUCAUCACCACUUCUAGCAAGAUCAAAAGCCUUCCCGUGGGCUUCAUUGCAAUCUCAUUAGGCCUCAACUACCUGCUGAUGCUGUAUUUUGGAUUGAAGCUCAAGCGAUUCAAGGCUUGGCUCUACCCACUCAUGUUCAUUGUGAAUCCUUUCUUUAACUGGCUCUACAUGGUGUAUGGAAUAUUCACCGCCGGUCAGCGCACGUGGGGAGGACCCCGAGCUGACGCGGCGAAAGCCGACGAGCAUACAUCACCGGAGGAAGCUGUGGAAAAGGCCAGGGAGCAGGGUGAUGAGCUCAAUGUGAUGGUCGAUACAUUUCGUACCAAGGCCGAUGAACGGGGUAUUCCCGUCCGCCCAAGCAAGAAACUCCAUGGACGCUUGUCGGGUGCACCGCCGCUCCCUGAAAACUACGGCGAUCUUCAGAAACAACAAGACCUCGAAUCCGCCAUGGUUAGAUACAUGACCCCCCUGCCAGGGGUUCCCCGAAUAGGCCUACAUCCCUCUUACUCUCUGGAGUCGGUGGCGACGACAGACUCUGGUACGAAUUCAAUCUGUCUCCCACUGCCUGUGGAGAGCUUAGUGAAAGGACAAGAGCAAGCCAAAGUCUAUCCCGCCUAUGAUGCACCGGGAUCUAUCGGGUCGACACCACAUACCGAACGAGUUCAUGGCCCUGACGCUGCAGUGGGUGAACCGUAUUCGCCAUCAGCUGAGGAUCAUGAGGGUGACCUAGUGCAGCAGCCAAGCAAUCAGUCCCAGCCUCCGGCCACAUACAGCACUGCGAAUGAAACGGCGGACGAGACGAAUGAGUGUCGCAACCUAUCACCGGACGGAUCAGGCAUGAGAGCCCCGAAUAUCUUUCCUGAUUCCUUACAUCCGCGCAACGGUUCUGUCACUGCUUUCUCCCCAACUUAGAUGAGCGAGGAACCAGUCGUUCUACGUGUUCUGCGUACUGGGAUUGUACGUAAUGGCCAAGAAACGAAGAGAUGGCGGAGUGAGGGAAGCGGAAGCGGAGCAUGCAUUCAUGGAGUUCGGGAUAAUUUAUGCAUGUUCAAUGGCGAAAUGUUGACAUGCGCGCCUCUCUUUU